UCAGAGGAUUGGCACUCUGAGUUUGGUCAGCUGGGCUUUUAUUAAACGUCACAUUUUGAUAGUGAAAAUUCCUGUGAAAAUCACUAAAAAUGCCUGAAUUGGGAGCUCCUGUCCGUGUUUCACCCCUCAUCAAGUUCGGUAGAUGGUCUUUUCUAACCGUGGGCAUUGCCUAUGGUGCUUACCAUCAGAGCCGUCUUUCCAAAAAAGCAGCCAAAGAAAGGGAAAUUGAGAACAAGGCAAAGGAAAUUCGGGAUGCAAAACUUGGUGAAGAAAAGAAGCGAGCAGCAGCCGCGGAAAUGAAAAUGCUGGAAGACAUGUCGAAGUCCCAGAAGUAAAAAUCUUCACCAAGUUAAUAUUAAAUGAAUUAUGUAGAAAGCACCCGGGGUAAUAAAUUAAACGCCCACAAAUUAUAAUAAUUUGUGUUGUUUGUGUUAUUGAAAUACCACAAAUUCAAUAAAAUUGUUUUACCCAA